UCAAAUUUUAUUCCAGUGUUGAACACUCUCCUCUGCUGUGGACAAACUCAAUAUGCUGUGCUGACAAUUCAGCCCAACUGGUCGACAUUUUAUAGUGGAGAGUCUGUUACUUUCAUCUGUGACAUGAAUGAAGGAGCAGAAACUGACUGGGAUUACAGUAUAAUAUGGAAUGGUGGAGAACUUGUCCCCUACAGUUCACAUAAAAGCUCCACACUAGAACCUCUCCAUACAGGAUACAGUGCAGAUAAACCCAGAGCCAAACUGACAGCAGGUCCAACAAGCAUACCAGUAGGGGGCAGUGUGACAAUGAGCUGCACUGUGGAGCCCUCUGCUGGAUGGAGGUACAGAUGGUUCAGAAGGACCUCAGACACCUCUGGAGUUGAAGUCAGAAUAAAUAAUGAGGAAAACAGAGAAAUCACUGUGAGACAAGGAGGAAUCUACAGAUGUGAUGGAGUGAGAGGAAACCCAGAGAUCUACCCACAUUCAAGCUCUGAGGUCACUGUUGGGAUAACCUUUUCCAACAAGGUUGUUGUGACUCAAAAACCAAACAGCUCUCAGAUGUUCAGUGGUGAGACGAUCACUCUGACAUGUGAGGUCCAGGGAGGAGAAAGCACUGAGUGGACGUAUGAAUGGAGGAGAUCUGGUUCUGUUAUACACAGCACACCCAGUAAAGACUGGACAUUUAAUGUUUACGAGUCCAGCAGUGGAAAAUACACAUGUCAGUGUAGAAGCAGAGAUGACUGGUAUUCUUCAACAGAGUGGAGUGAAUCAAUCAUCCUGUCAGUAUCUGGUAAGAUACGAUUCUAUUUGUCUGGAUAG